AUGUCCAGCUCAGACAGACCCUCAGGAGAGACAGAUGUCAGGCAGCUCCUGAAACUCUACCGAACGGAGAUCUCUAUGGCGGUGGAUGACACUUUCCCUCUGCUCCAUGGCCUGGCGGAUCAUGAUGUCAUCACGGAGGACAAAUUCAAGGAGACUCAGAGUCUAAGAGAAAAGGACGGCUGCCACAAGGCCCUCCAUGCCCUGCUCAGCUGGCUCCUGGGGAGGGACUCUGCGUCCAUACGCAGCUUCUGGACCGUGUUGUUUAAGGACUACAACCUAGAGAGAUACGGGAGGUUACAGGCCAUUCAUAGCAGCUUCCCCAAAGAUGUGGACCUCAGCCGAGGCCACAAGGGGAGGAGACCCCCAGCCAGCCUGAAGGUCUCAAGCACCUGCAGACUCCAGGGGAAGAGGAAGGGCCUUGAAGAAAAGGAGUCCCCUCAAUCAGCCUCGCAGUCCCUGAGAUGUGCUUCCAGUCCAGGGCCCCCCCACAAGGUGAAGCCCCCCAAGAAGCCGGAGAACCCAGAGCCCCCUCGCUUCCCUCUGGGAAACGGAAUUCGGAGUGUAUCUGCAUCAGUCCAGAGGGCUGUGGCUGUGGCAUCCAGCGAGCUCCCAGGCACCUGUGGGGCAGUAGAGGGUGUCCUUAUCAAACAGGUGUUUGAGUCAGGAGGCUCCAAGAAAUGUAUCCAAGUUGGGGGAGAGUUUUACACACCAGGCAAGUUUGAGGAGCCCAGUGGGAAGAACAAAACAAGAAGCCCGAAGCCGCCAACACGAACCAAAGCUACCCAAGCGCCCCAAAACGUGAGGCCUGCAGAGGUGGAGUUAGCAGCCCCUCUGAGGAUGCAGUGUCUUAUCCCCCUCUCACCUGCACUAUCCAGCCUUGCCCUGCCCAAUGGCAGCCCCACUUCGAAGUCUCCACCUGACAGAGAGGCACCCAAGGGUGCUGACCUGGAGCUGGGAAGCCUCAGGGGCAGGCCCAGGGCUCCCUGGGAGCAAAGGUUCACUAAGCUCCCAGGGCUCCUCUGUGACUCCCUGGUGCCCUGCUGGAGACCAUCUCUGCUGGGGUCUGCUAGAGACAGUGUGACUAUGCAGGCAGACAGCACUCACCAUUCUCAGGAUUCCCUUGGCCUCUCUCCUCAUCUGUGUGCUGCCUCUGAGGCCCCCAAGAGCACCUUGGGCACCCCUAAAGCUUCUCUUUGUCCCCAUCACAUCUGCAGCCUGGGCACCACAGGCAGAGCAGAGCUGCAGCAGAGCCAACAGAAUGGUGUGCCUGCUGCUCCAGCCCAGCCCUCAGAACUGCACCUCCACCAGAAGAAUGAUGAUGAGUGUGCUGUGUGCAGAGACGGUGGGGAGCUGAUCUGCUGUGAUGGUUGUCCCCGGGCCUUCCACCUGGCCUGCCUAGAGCCACCAUUGACAGAGAUUCCCAGUGGGAUGUGGCGGUGUGGAUGCUGCAUAGUUGGGAAGGUGCACCAGGAUGGGCAUCAUGGAGAAGACAGAGCCCUCCACCCGGAGACUUCGAAGCCAAAAGUUGCAGCCUCUCCCCCCUGCUUCUUCUCCAUCUCUGAUGCCAGUACUUCCUCUGGCCACCUGCCAGCCCCUGCAGAACUCAGGGCCCGAGAGGCAGCAGGCUCUCUCCUCGGAGGAGCUAUCACAGGGAGGACAGCAUUGGCAUUUGGGGGUGAGAUGGGAGGAGGGGGCGUGCUGUGCUGCUGGCUCACGUUCCUAUGCUGCCCUCCUGGUGAUGGGAUCUCUCUGUGGCAGAAGCUCUCAGCUGAGGACAGGUGUGAGGUCUGCCAAAGAAGUGAAGACGUGCUUCACUGUGCCCAGUGCUCCAGGGCCUUCCAUUGGCGCUGUCACUUCCCAGCCAACUCCAGCAGGACAGGGGGGAUCGCCAAGUGCAAAUUGUGUUCACAAGACCCUGCCCUCACUCCUGGAGAAGAUACUCUGAGCUCUAGCAUCUCAGCCCUGGAAUCUGUGAAGGUGAGCGGAGAUUCUUCUCGGAAUGAGGCCAUUCUGAACAAAGAUGAGCUGGACUCACUCCUGGGAGAGAACUCCUUUGAUGGAAUCCUACAGUGGGCAUUCCAGAAUAUGUCACGCCCCCUCUCUGAGGCCCAGAGCUUUUUUUCUUAA